AUGCAGCGCGCCAAGCAACAACAGCGCAUUGGGGAGGAAGAUAAAUUGCAGCAACAGCAACAGCAACACCAACAGCAGCAACAGCAGCAGCGGCGGCGCAAAUCCUCUACGGCAAAUUCGGGGGCCUGCAAUGGUAUAUCAACCAAAUCAACAUCAGAUGGCGACAGCUCAAAGGACGCAUUUCAUUCUCUUUGGAACACCUCUUCAGGGCGGCCGCCGGAUGACUAUGCCAAUUCAGUUUAUUGCAAGCAUGCGGAGGAGUUCCCAGAGAAGUUUAGGGCUUCGAUUGAUUACAGCAUUCAGGAGAAGCCCCAGCAGGUCUUGUCGAGUGCUGUGGUGCUAGCGUUGGUUGUCUUAGUCGCUUGCGGGCCGGGAUGCCUAUGGAAAACGGACAAAGACUAUCGUUUUUUUGAAUUUCACUUUGAUGACUUGAGUGCAGAGCGACAACAAGAGCUCAGGUUUCGCGCUGUUCAGGUUAUAUGCUGUCUGGCGGUGGCGAUCAUGGGAUAUUGUUUCCUUGAAAGCAGAGACGGGUUAUUAGUUCGGCCGCACCCGGGCUUCUGGAGAGUGAUUCACGGUUUGUGUUUGACUUAUUUUCUUUGUUUAGUGGCGCUUCUGUCUGUACAUCGCGACGACGGGCGUUUUCUGGUGCGCAUGCUGCUGCCUGGUUUUGGUUCGAGGAGGGGAAAUGUGUUUUCUGGAACUCUUGUGCUCGACUGUUCAGUGAACAUGAAUACGCUGAUGAGACAGUUCACAUCUGUUUGGUUUAUAAGUCACGCUGUUGGUUGGUUUCUGAAGAUGUGCAUAUUUCGUAGCUGGAUGUUUAAUUUGACGUUCUCUAUAUUGUUUGAAUUCUGUGAGAUGUCGCUGCAGUGGCUCAUUCCCGAGUUUCAGGAGUGCUGGUGGGACAGUAUAUUCAUUGAUGCAAUUGUUUCUAACCUCAUGGGGAUGGUGUUUGGUUGUGCAGUGAUGCGUUGGUGUGGCAAGCGCCAUUUUGACUGGCUGGGUGCAUAUCCACGCUAUCAGAAGAUUAUGUUGAGGUUUACCCCUUUCUCAAGUUGUGAAUAUGAAUGGUCGUUCUUCCGCACUCCCCGUCAUUUGCUGAUGACAAGUCUGCUUUUAUUUCUUUCUCUCCUUGCAGAAGUCAGCGUUUUUCUCCUCAUGACCGUCCUAGAUAUUCCAGCAGUUCAUUGGAUUAAUCCUGCACGCCUUGGCCUCUUGGGGCUGCUGGCGUUUCCUGCAGUCGCCGAGUUCUAUGCGCAGCUGCAGUUUAGAUAUGAUAGAAUGGGGGGGAAUGUUUUUUUAUUUGUCAUGAUCUUAACCGUGGAGUUGUUGGUGAGCAUUAAAUACGGUACCGACAGAUUCUUCUCUUCUGCUCCUCAACACGACGUCGUUAUUCCCUGGGUUCUGGCGGGGAUCUUCUUCGGGCUCUGGUGCUGCUGCUACUUCGCGCAUGCAACGCAAGAAAGACGCAGCAGAGCAGAAACAAAUGCAGGAGCUGCAACACGCAAACACCUGACAGGCAGCAGCAGCAUCAAGGAUACAGCUGCCGCAGUGCUGCUGAAGUUGCCGCCGCAGGCUUGCUUCCUGCCGUUGCUUUACCUUGCUAAACACUACUACUACGGCGGAUCAUAA